UUAUCGUUUUGAGUAAAUAUAACACGACGGAGUCAGUUUACGUAUUAUCUGAAAUUCAGAGUGACGUUCACAGGAUUAAACUAAGAAAUUGAGGGACAGUAAUGGCCACUAGUAUUGGAAACAAAGUCCGACGGAGGGGGCGAAAUGAUGAAGACCUAGAAGGCCUCAUGAUUGAGGACGCACGUGAAUCGGACACAGCCUACGAUGACGCUAAAUUAUCUGAUGCUCGUGACAUCAAACCUAGACGUUCAUUGGAAAGUUUCCACUGGGACCUAUGGCUCCUAAUGACUCUACAGAACUGGAUCUUUGACUUCGGGAGACCCAUUGCCGCUUUGAUGAUUCCCGAAGAACUCUUCCCAAUGCAUCUACCCAGCGUUGGGGACUACUUUCAUAUGAUGUAUAAUUUAAUUACUCCAUUUUGUAUCCUGAAGCUCUUUGAGAGAAGUCAUACCAAAACAUCAUCAACUUUCAGAAAUAUCUGUGUAAUUAUUUUUGUUAUGGGAGCCAGUAUACAUCUUGUGGGAGAUUCGGUUAACCACAGACUUGUCAAACUAGGAUAUAAGCUUCAUCUUUCAGUCCGAGACAAUCCCAUGAUGCAAUCUCUACAACCACGUGGUCUCGUUGAAUCAUUUGUUCUUUUGUACAAUUACGACGAAAUUAUAGGUCAUUUGAUGUGGUACAUUCCCUUUUUUCUCUGUCUUUUCCUAUAUUAUAUUGGAUGUUUUCUGAACUAUCAGUCACAUGAGCGUGUUCGCACUACAUUUUCGUGGUGGAUUUUAACCAUUGUGAGUGGUAUUUACUACUGGUACUUGGUGACAGAAGGACAGAUAUUUCCUGUGUAUUUUUUAACAUUCGUCUUCAUGCUGGGAUACAUGGUCUACAAGAAAAGUACAGGAAACUCCCAGCUUGAUAUUAAUGGACUAUUCCUCUUGUACUCUUUUGCCCUCACCUUAGUAUUAGUACUUCUGUGGGUGAUGUAUUUAUGGAACGAUGAAGCACUUCGUACUAAAUAUCCGGGACUUCUCUACAUACCAGAACCCUGGUCUUACUACACACUGUAUCUUAGACAGAAUUAAACAUCGCUCAAUUCACGACUUAGCUGCAGAUCUGUAACUCCCUGGUCUGAAAAAAAUUGGGAUGGGUGACCAGAGAGCUACAGUGCCACCCAUAUUGAGAAAAACUGUAUAUUUAUUACGCACAAAAAGUUGCGCUCAUUUUUGGAUUAAUUUCUCCAAAUUCUUACCCCAACUGUACAAAACUCGAUUUCAAAAUAUUUCCUUGACCUCUUUCAACUAUACUCUUGUAUUUCAUACCUGCAUGAAGCGCGAUGGACCGAAUUAUCUUGCAAUAUGGCAGAGUACCUAGGCAAAAGUUUCAAUGGACUCCAUUUCAGGCCCAAAAAGGCUGUUUACAACGGGUAUAAGAAAUGUUUUGUUGUGGAAAUAGUACAAGAAUAUGUUAGGAA